CGCAACGCAGCGUUGGCGUCGUGCAACACCUUUCAUUGUAUUGACUAUUGACUGAUUCUGAACACAGAGAAUAAUGUAUAAAGUUAAUUUAUCUUAUUGUUGUCUUAGUUCUUGUUGAAAUAUAUAGUAAUAUGUCUUAGUUUAAGUGGAAUAAUGCCUCCGUUUACGUGAAUGUGAAAGAAGACAGCCUGUCUAGUGCUACGCGGCCAUUUUACUUGCAAUGCGGCAACGGUGUACGGUCCGCCAUUGGAAACGACCAGUGUCUUUUUCUGAGUGUAAGUUUUAUAUUUUGUCGAAUAACACGGCAUAAAACCGACGGAUAACCAUGUGUGAUAAAAGUGUAGUGCGGACUUUAGUGUAGUGAAGCACGGUGGUCGGGUGAUUCGAAUAAUGUGCGAACGAUGGAAAACGAAGUGAAGCAGCGCAAUCAGAGAAAUAGGCGAAGGGAGCGGGCACAGCGCAUGCAAGCACAGCGAGAGAGUAAAGUUAAGGAUGGGGACAGUGGCGAGGACGAGUCUCCGGCGAGAGAGAAGCCGCCUCGUCCUCCGGCCAGGAGGAAGAAGUCGCGGGAGCCCCUCGGAGAGGAGGACAUCAUCGAUGGUUUCGCCAUAAUGGCAUUUCGCACCUACGAAGAUCUAGAGGCUGCUGUAAAAUGUGCUUCUUCGCCACGCACCAAUGCGCUGUCAACAAAGCCACGGCUGCCAUUGGCGGCGCUCGCAACCGACACUCCGCGCAACCACCCGCCCAACAAUGUCAACUCUCAUGGCAUUACGCUGCUUCAAGACGCUGGUACGUCGGAUGAUAGUGGCCGGGCAUCAGAACGGCUCACGGGUAGUUCAGUCGCACCACGCGAUCCUGACUCCUCGCGCGACCGUCUUAGUGACGCCAGUAGCCGCUGUAGUUCCGGAAAAGGCUAUAUCUGUGAUAGUGAAGGCGACGAUGAUAAGGCAAGUCCAGAAAAUAGUAGAAAUGCUUCACCAAGAUAUCACGAUGCAUCAAUGGAAGAUGCAUCGGAAGCAGGUUCUCUGUUCCGGGUAACAGGCGCGGGCGGUGGUGGCAAGAAUGAGUUGGUGGCGCGGGGCGGAAGUGGCGGCGCGCUUGCUCUCUCGCGGGCGCCUGUCGGUGGCAGCGCCAGUCCCGCCCCCGCGCCCUUACCUCAACCUGCGCCGUCGCCCGCGCCAGCCGCUCUACCACCACCCGCGCUACCACCGCCACCCUUCCGUGCCGACACGCCGCACCGACCCAACGGCGCUCACAUCCCCACUCUCGACGGACACGCCGCCACACAGAUACCGGCGCGGCCUAUCGGAGCCGCCGGGCCUGAUACUCCCGAGCGGCCCGCCAGCAAUAAUAAAUUGCAACCAGGAGCUCGAGCCGCCGCCGACAGCCCAACACCAGCGCCGCCAGCACCACCCGCCCCCUCUCCGCUCUUCCCCUCACACACUGCCUACCAGUCGCAUGCCGCAGCCGCGUUACCCGAUUACCGCCAUACGAACCAUGAAACGCGGACUGAACAACCGGAGCAUCCUCCAGCACCGUUGGACCUACACGCGCAUCACGCGCCUCGUCCACCACCUGUCGUUCCGACCACUACGCAAGCCUCUCUACCUAGUCUACCGAUACGUGUGCCGCAUACGCAACCACAUCCAGUGAUGCCAGGACACGACGUCCGAAACAUCCCGGUGUCCGCAUCUACUCAUCCGUCUGUUCCUACCUCGUUUCCAAACCGUGUCAAUGGAAUACCACCAAGCAUUACAUCCCACUCGACACCCCCGUCUAAUCCGAGCUGUCUUCCGAAUCAAACUAUAACCGGUCGGCCCGUCUCUCCGGCCGCUCCAAUUUCCCGCCCGUAUCCUGUCACGACGAUCGGGUCUAGUCAUGUAAACUCGAGUGUAUGUUCCAGUAUUCACAAUCAUUCGAUACCAUAUCAAAGCCAGUCGAGUUUACCCAAACAUUCCGUUCAACCAGCAUACACGAACCGACCUCCUCAUCUCGCACCGUUUAGCGUAGCUAAUCACAUUGCUCCCAGUCAUAUACAACCUUCCUCAUCAAAUCAGUCCACUACCACACAUAUGAGCCAUCCUGUUAACAGUCAUUCCAUUAUGAACCACUCAAAUCAUCCUAUGCCAAUGAGCAAUUCUGCACCACUAAUGACAUCAACACCAAACCACAUCGGUCCGCCUUUAUCAUUAUCUUCUACGACCAGUACGAUAUCAAGUUACACAUCAAGUAUGAAACACCCCGGUCUUAGUUUGCCACCACAUCCGAUAUCUCUCGCACCGCCCUCCUCGAUACAUCCACAAAUCAAUCACAUUGAUUCUUCUCCUAUAACAAGUGUCGCGCCUUCUAUUAUUCCUCCCGUCACAAGUAGCAGCAGCCACCCGUUAGCAAUACCCGUAGUGGACUCUAGGCAACCUCCAGUUACGUCGAGCGACCUACCGGCGCGGACGGAAAGCCCUGCCAUUAGUUCUACUACUACUUCCAAUGGAUUUCCGCCACCCGCAGGCUAUUCCAGCGCUGCCUAUCCACUCUAUGCACCGUAUGCUACUACACUUCAACAUAGUCCCUACCUUCCUCCUGCUGCAGCGUCACCUAGAAAUUCUACUGACACGAGAACAAGUCUUUCGGCAUCUCCGUUAGUGGCUCCAAAAACGCCUAAAGGCGUACGACCACACACGCCCGGCUCCACUGGAGCAGCGGGAGCGGCACCACUGUCGCACGCGCCUAUAUCGUAUUCACCACGCGGACAUAGUCCAAACAGAGAACGGGAGAGUUUCAGCAGCAACAUCAGCAGCCUGUCGCGCAGCACACCUGCCUCGGUCUCUGCGCCCGCGCUCGUACCGCCGCUCGCCGCACCGCUGCAGACUCCUCUCGCGGCGCCCCUGGGCGGCCCGCUGGGGGCUCCGCUGGUGGGCGUGGCGGGCAUGGGGGCGGCGCUGGCGGCGCCCACGCCCACGCCCGCGGCGCCCACGCCCACGCACCUCACGCACUCGCUGGCGCCGGUGCCCACCGUGCCCAGCAUCAGCUCCAGUGCCAAACCGCCCGCGCAUUGGGGGGUAACCAGGCCGACUGCCUCGGACCGUGGCGGCUUCGCGCCGGCACCACCACUCUUCGGAGCGCCGCUCCCACCGCCGAACCCGAACCCGUUCUCAGCUGAAUCUCUCUUCCAGACCAGUCCCGGCGCAGACUUGUUGCGGCGCGAGUUGGACAACCGAUUCCUGGCGGCGGCAGGCGCGGUGAGCAGCAUGGGUGGCGUUCGCACCGAGAUGCAUCACCACCAGCACCAGCACACGCACGUGCACCAGCACCAGCCGCACGCGCCCCACGCGCCCCAUGCGCCUCACGCGCCCCACGCGCCCCAUCCCCACCAGCUCCUCGUGCCGCACGCGCCCCUAUACAAAGAUGUCAAUAAAAUGAAUUCACUAUACCGAAGUGGGUUGGGUCUCGGCUACGGGUAUGGCUCGAGCUUGCUACACCCCACUGCGCCGUACGUGCCGCCCGCACCGCUCACCACUUACGCACCCAAGCCCGUAGUGUCAGCUGCAAGCGACCCCGCCACUAAACCACCACCACGACCCACUGCUGCGAAAACCGGAAAAUGGAACGCGAUGCACGUGAGAAUCGCAUGGGAGAUCUACAACCAUCAGCAGAAGGAAAAGUCAGGCGGCGGUAGCGUGGUCCCCGGCGGAGACAAAGACAAGCUGCGACCGUUCCCCACGGGCGCGCCGCCGCCGCCGCCGCCCGCCGCCUACCGGUCCCCGUACGAGCUGGCGCCCGCGCCCUACCUGCCACACCACCCGCCGCUAGGUACCGUCCGCCUGGAACCCUCCCGACACCACGCCCUCGCGCCGCAGCUGCCGCCCCUGUCGCCCCUAUCGCCCCUCGCGCCGCCUACUCACGGAGGUUUGCGCGUUUCAGGGGUAUCGCCGUUCGCGCGGUACGGCGCCGGCGCAUUCCCCGGCGCCCCCGCCGCGUUCGGCCUGUCCCCGUACGGGCGCGAACUCGCGCUCUCCUCCUCGCUGCACGGUGUCCACCACGCGCCGCCGCUGGGCGCCCUGCACGAUGCGUGGCGCGGCGUGCGGCCGCCGCCCGCCGUCGCCGCCUCCGCCUCCGCCUCCGUCGCCGCCGAGGUGCGCCGCGAACACGAGGAGCGCGAGCGCGCGCGCCGUGACCGCGAGGAACGCGAGCGCAGGGACCGCGAGGAACGCGAGCGCCGUAAGGCCCGGGAGCAGCGCGAGCGGGAAAUGGAGCGGACCAGGACGCGCUCGCCGCUCAGGAACGGCGCACCGGAGGGGCUCAAAGACGAGCGCAAGGAACCACCGCGACCGCCGCCCCCUUCGCUGGCCGCGUACCCUCCUCCGCCGCCCUGGGACCCGUAUCGCGCGUUCGACACGCUGCAACACAUGCGGUUCGCUCCGCUGCUCGAGGCGACCAUCCGUGCCGAGGAAGACCGCGCCAAGAUGCUGAGCGCAUACGCCCACCACCAGCAGCUGAAGUCUUCGCCGCUGCUACACCGCGGGCUGCCGCCGCACGCGCCCCUGCCGCCUCUGGGCGCGCACGCCCCCCUGGCCCCGCUGGCGCCGCCGCUGGCCCCGCUGGCCCCGCUCGCGCCCCUGGCGCCACUCGACCUGCUCAAAAAGGAGGAGCCGCGAUGAUAACGAAACGGCGCGACCGCCGACUCCGACUGUAUAUAGCGUAGUGUAAACGACGUCGCAAGUGAGAGUACGACUAAUUUAAUGUAUAUCGUUUCGCAUUAUCGGUUUAGAAAAUUAUUUAUUGUAACGUCGCUUGCCGAACGACGGUCGCUAGUCUCGCCGGGCGGCCUCCCGUCGGACGAGCGAGGCGGCGCGAGGAGGCUCGCUCUCCCGACAUGUGCAAUAUAGGACGAGGACUUUGGGCGCUCGCCGCCGCCGGCCUGUACACAGUUGCUUGUUUAUUUACAUGAAAAAUAUCUAUCGAGUUGUUAUUGUGACCAUUAUUAGUUAAUUAUACAUCAAAUCGCUGAUUAUGUGAAGGAUAGGAUUAUCAAAAUCACUAUCGAUAUAAUUAUACAUAUUUAUAUAUACUUUAUAAAUAAAAUGUAAAUAUUAGUAUGUAACUUAGUGUUAAAGUAUAGAAUUGGUUUAUUUAACGUCAUACAAAGGAAAAUCCCAUAAAUUAUUGUAUCGGGAGUAUAAAUUACACUUCCGUUAAAAAUCUCAGAAUGGUUUUUCUAUUGUACCAGUGGAAUUUUAUUUAUUAAUUUGGUCCUCCUAGUAGUGACAAGUAAAAAAACGUUUUUAUAGCAGUUUUGACAUUUAUAAUUGAAAAUGCAUUUAAAAGUAUGUGAUAUUAUUGUAUUGUUAAAUACAUUUUGUCUGACAACAAAGUAGUGUCUCUGAUAAAUUUAAUAGAUCUUAUCUACUAUUCAUUACAGUAAAUAUUUAAAUUUGUAUAAAUUAUUUUUCAAAUGUAUUAAUUUUAAAGAAUUGCAAUAAUUUCUGACUAUGUUAUAACUAGAAAAAAUUGUAAAAAUAAUAUUUUGGACUCCAUGUGUUAUUGAAUUUGAAUUGACCAGUAAUUGAGUCAGACAAAAUUCAAUAUUAAAUCUGUUGUAAUAGAUUACGUCAGGUGUUUUAUGUUUUAAUAAUCUCACGACAGACUCCGAUGUGUAUUAUAGUUUACAAAAUCAUUCUGUAUACUAAAAAGUAAAUGAAAGCUUGGUGCGAUUCAGAAAAUACCAUUAAAACUUUUGAUUUUUAUACCAAGAAGAUGUUUCAUAUCCUUUCCUCAAUCCAUCUAUUAUUUUUCGCCCUUCUUAAUUUGGCAAAUUUAUUCGACAUUUAUUUUCCAUAAUAUAAUUAAAAAAGAUUAAGAAUUCAUAAUUAGGGAAAUAAUUUAUGCUGGUGAUAAUAUAAAUAAAUAGAGUAAAAGGCAAUUUUUUAAAAUAUAUA